UUGUUUUCUCUUCUUCUUCUUCUUCUUCUUCUUCUUCUUCUUCUUCUUCUUUGCUUUUCUUCUCCGUCUUCUUUUUUCUUCUUUUUUCUUCUUCUUCUCGCCGUUCCUCUUUUCCUCCUACUUUUUCUCCUUGGUCUUGCUGUUGUUUUCUUCUUCUUCUUCUUCUUCUUCUUCUUCUUCUUCUUCUUUGCUUUUCUUCUCCGUCUUCUUUUUUCUUCUUUUUUCUUCUUCUUCUCGCCGUUUCAUGUAUCAUCUCCUUUAUCUGUUGUUUUGAAAAUAUUCGUUAUCUAUCUAUCUAUCUAUCUAUCUAUCUAUCUAUCUAUCUAUCUAUCUAUCUAUCUGUGUCAUUCUGUGCAUUAUCUAUCUAUCUAUCUAUCUAUCUAUCUAUCUAUCUAUCUAUCUAUCUAUCUAUCUAUCUAUGUCAUUCUGUGCAUUAUCUAUCUAUCUAUCUAUCUAUCUAUCUAUCUAUCUAUCUAUCUAUCUCAUGUCAGUUCAUUUCUAUCUAUCUAUCUAUCUAUCUAUCUAUCUAUCUAUCUAUCUAUCUAUCUAUCUAUGUCAUUCUGUGCAUUAUAUAUCCUAUCCUAUCUAUCUAUCUAUCUAUCUAUCUAUCAUUUCUGUCAUUAUGUGCAUUAUCUAUCUAUCUAUCUAUCUAUCUAUGUCAUUCUGUUGCAUUAUCUAUCUAUCUAUCUAUCUAUCUAUCUAUCUAUCCAUUCAUUCUAUCCAUUAUCUAUCUCAUCUAUCUAUCUAUCUAUCUAUCUAUCUAUCUAUCUAUCUAUCUAUCUAUGUCAGUCAGUUCAUUAUCUAUCAUCUAUCUAUCUAUCUAUCUAUCUAUCUAUCUAUCUAUCUAUCUAUCUAUCACAUAAUCUAUCUAUCUGUCUAUCUGCGUCUGUUCUUAUCUCUCUCUCUCUCUCUCUCUCUCUCUCUCUCUAUCUAUCUAUCUAUCUAUCUAUCUAUCUAUCUAUCUGGUCUGUUCUUAUCUACCUAUCUAUCUAUCUAUUAUCUAAAGCCAAUGAAAUUAACACAUCCUUACUAAGUACGUCCCUGAAGCCAUUUUGUACAACACAAAAAUUAGCUUCUUUCCCAAGAUGGCAAAAAAUAUUAAAUCUUUCUUUCUUUCUCCCGGUUUCUUUUCUUCGGUCUUUCUAUCUUUCUGGCUUGCUUUCUUUUCAGUCUUUCUAUUGGUCUUUUUUUCUUUUGGUCUUUCAUUCUUUGGUCUAUCUUUCUAUUGGUCUUUCUUUCAGUUUUUCUUUAUAUCAUUCUUUCUUUCUUUCGGUCUUUUCUUGCUAUCGGUCUUUCUUUCUUUCUUUCUUUAUUUCUUUCUUGUUUUUUUUUGUUCCAGUCUUUCUUUCUAUCGGUAUUUUUCUUUCUUUCUUUCUUUCUUUCUUUCUUUCUUUCUUUCUUUCUUUCUUUCUAUUGGUCUUUCUUUCUUUCUUUCUUUCUUUCAGUCUUUCUUUCGGUCUUUCUUUCCAUAGGUCUUUCUUUCUUUCGGUCUUUCUUUCUAUCGGUCUUUAUAUCUUUCAGUCUUUCUUUCGGUCUUUCUUUUCAUCGGUUUUUCUUUCUUUCUAUUGCUCUUUCUUUCUUUCUUUCGGUCUUUCUUUCAGUCUUUCUUUCCAUCUGUCUUUCUUUCUUUCAGUCUUUCUUUCCAUCUGUCUUUCUUUCUUUCAGUCUUUCUUUUUAUUGCACUUUCUUUCUUUCGGUCUUUCUUUCUUUCAGUCUUUGUUUUGGUCUUUUUUCCAUCGGUCUUUCUUUCUUUCAGUCUUUCUUUCUAUCGGUCUUUCUUUCUUUCAGUCUUUCUUUCGAUCUUUCUUUCCAUCGGUCAUUCUUUCGGUCUUUCUUUCUAUCGCUUUUUCUUUCUAUCGGGCUUUCUUUCUUGGUUGCUUUCUUUCGGUCUUUCUUUCCAUCAGUCUUUCUUUCUAUCGGUCUUUCUUUCUUGGUUUCUUUCUUUCGGUCUAUCUUUCCAUCAGUCUUUCUUCCUUUGGGUCUUUCUUUCUCUCGCUCUUUCUUUCCAUCGGUCUUUCUUUCUUUCGGUCUUUCUUUCUAUUGGUCUUUCUUUCUUUCAGUCUUUGUUUUGGUCUUUCUUUCCAUCUGUCUUUCUCCCUUUUGGUCUUUCUUUCUCUCGCUCUUUCUUUCCAUUGGUCUUUCUUUCUAUCGGUCUUUCUUUCUUUCGGUCUUUCUUUCCAUCAGUCUUUCUUCCUUUGGGUCUUUCUUCCUUUGGGACUUUCUUUCCAUCGGUCUUUCUUUCUUUUGGUCUUUCUUUCUAUCGGUCUUUCUUUCUUUCAGUCUUUGUUUUGGUCUUUCUUUCCAUCGGUCUUUCUUUCCAUCGGUCUUUCUUCCUUUUGGUCUUUCUUUCUCUCACUCUUUCUUUCCAUCGGUCUUUCUUUCAGUCUUUCUUUCUAUCGGUCUUUCUUCUUAUCGGUCUUUCUUUUCAUCGGUCUUUUUUCUUUCUUUCUUUCAGUUUUUCUUUCCAUCACUCUUUCUUUCUUUCAGUCUUUCUUUUGGUCUUUCUUUCCAUUAGUCUUUCUUUCUUUAGGUCUUACUUUCUAUCGCUCUUUCUUCUUUCGGUCUUUCUUUCUUUUAGUCUUUCUUUCUUUCGGUCUUUCUAAUGCUCUUUGUUCUUUCUUUCUUUUGUACUUAUUUUCUAUCACACUUUCUUUGUUUCAGACUUUCUUUUGGUCUUUUUUUCAAUCAAUCUUUCUUUCGCUCUUUUUUUCUAUCACUCUUUCUUUCUUUCAGUCUUUCUUUCUUUCAGUCUUUCUUUCAGUCUUUCUUUCCAUUGGUCUUUCUCUCUAUCGCUCUUUCUUUCUUUCGGUCUUUCUUUCUAUUGGUCUUUUUUCUUUCUUUCUUUUGAUCUUUCUUUCUAUCACUCUUUCUUUCUUUCGGUCUUUCUUUCUUUCAGUCUUUCUUUCGGUCUUUCUUUCCAUCAGUCUUUCUUUCACUCGGUCUUUCUUUCUAUCGGUCUUUCUUUCUAUCAGUCUUUUUUCUUUCUUUCUUUCGGUCUUUCUUUCUAUCACUCUUUCUUUCUUUCAGUAUUUCUUUCUUUCAGUCUUUCUUUCGGUCUUUCUUUCCAUCAGUCUUUCUUUCACUCGGUCUUUCUUUAUAUCGGUCUUUCUUUCUAUCAGUCUUUUUUCUUUCUUUCUUUCGGUCUUUCUUUCUAUCACUCUUUCUUUCUUUCGGUCUUCUUUUAUUUCAGCCUUUCUUUCGGUCUUUUUUUCCAUUGGUCUUUCUUUUUUUCAGUCUUCUUUCUUAUCGCUCUUUCUUUCUUUUGGUCUUUCUUUCUAUCACUCUUUCUUUCGGUCUUUCUUUGCAUCGAUCUUUCUUUCUUUCGUUCUUUCUUUCAGUCUUUCUUUCUUUCACUCUUUCUUUCACUCUUUCUUUCCAUCGGGCUUUCUUUCUAUUGCUCUUUCUUUCUUUCGGUCUUUCUUUCCAUUGAUCUUUAUCUUUCUUUCUUUCAGUCUUUCUUUCUAUCUCUCUUUUUUCUUUCUUUCUGUCUUUCUUUCUAUCUCUCUUUUUUCUUUCUUUCUGUCUUUCUUUGUAUCACUCUUUCCUUCUUUCGGUCUUUCUUUCUUUCAGUCUUUGUUUCGGUCUUUCUUUCCAUUGGUCUUUCUUUCUUUCAGUCUUUCUUGCAGUCUUCCUUUAUAUAAUCCUUUCUUUCAUUCUUUAUUUCCUUUUUUUUUUUCCUUCUGUCUUUCUUUGUAUCGCUCUUUCUUUCUAUCGUUCUUUAUAUCUUUCGGUCUUUCUUUCCAUCGGUUUUUCUUUCUUUCUAUUGCUCUUUCUUUCUUUCAGUCUUUCUUUCUUUCAGUCUUUCUUUCCAACUGUCUUUCUUUCUUUCGGUCUUUCUUUUUAUCGCACUUUCUUUCUUUCGGUCUUUCUUUCUUUCAGUCUUUCUUUCCAACUGUCUUUCUUUCUUUCGGUCUUUCUUUUUAUUGCACUUUCUUUCUUUCGGUCUUUCUUUCUUUCGGUCUUUCUUUUUAUCGCACUUUCUUUCUUUCGGUCUUUCUUUCUUUCAGUCUUUCUUUCUUUUGGUCUUUCUUUCUUUCGGUCUUUCUUUCUUUCGGUCUUUCUUUUGUUCUUUCUUUCCAUUGGUCUUUCUUUCUUUCGGACUUUCUUUCCAUCGGUCUUUCUUUCAGACUUUCUUUCUAUUGGUCUUUUCUCUUUCUUUCUUUCAGUCUUUAUUUCUAUCGCUCUUUCUUUCUUUCUUUCUUUCUUUCUUUCUUUCUACAAUUAAUGUAUUUCUUCUGCUGUUUUUCUUUCUUCCUUUGGCUUUAUACAUUUUCAUUUUCCUCUCACUUCUUCAAUUUUCUUUAUUCUAUUUAUAUCUAUCUAUCUAGUGAUCUAUGUAUGUAUGUAUGUAUGUAUGUAUGUAUGUAUCUAUCUAUCUAUCUAUCUAUCUAUCCCAGUCUAUUGGUAUCUAUCUAUCUAUCUAUCUUCUAUUUAUAUCUAUCUAUCUAUCUAUCUAUCUAUCUAUCUAUCUAUCUUUUAAGAAAACGAUUUUAUCUUAAAUCUGUUCAUAUCUAUCUAUCUAUCUAUCUAUCUAUCUAUCUAUCUAUCACUGUCUGUUCAUAUCUAUCAACCACAGUCUGUUCGUAUCUAUCUAUCUAUCUAUUACAGUCUGUUCACAUCUAUCACAGUCUGUUCAUUAUCACAAUCUAUCUAUCUAUCUAUCUAUCUAUCUAUCUAUCUAUCUAUCUAUCUAUCUAUCUAUCUAUCUAUCACAUCUAUCUAUCUAUCUAUCUAUCUAUCUAUCUAUCUAUCUAUCUAUCUAUCUAUCUAUCACAGUAUCUUCGUAUCUAUCUAUCUAUCUAUCUAUCAAAUCUGUCCCAUCUAUCUAUCUUAAUCUGUUCAUAUCUAUCUAUCUAUCUAUCUAUCUAUCUAUCUAUCUAUCUAUCUAUCUAUCUAUCUAUCACAGUCUGUCCACAUCUAUCUACUAUGUAUCAGAUUCUGUUCACAUCUAUCUAUCACAGUCUGUUCAUAUCUAUCUAUCUAUCUAUCUAUCUAUCUAUCACAGUCUGUCCAUAUCUAUCUAUCUAUCUAUCUAUCUAUCUCUAUCUAUCUAUCUAUCUAUCUAUCACAGUAUCUUCGUAUCUAUCUAUCUAUCUAUCUAUCAAAUCUGUCCCACAUCUAUCAUAUCUUAAUCUGUUCAUAUCUAUCUAUCUAUCUAUCUAUCUAUCUAUCUAUCUAUCACAGUCUGUCCACAUCUAUCUACUAUGUAUCAGAUUCUGUUCACAUCUAUCUAUCACAGUCUGUUCAUAUCUAUCUAUCUAUCUAUCUAUCUAUCUAUCUAUCUAUCUAUCUAUCUAUCUAUCUAUCACAGUCUGUCCAUAUCUAUCUAUCUAUCUAUCUAUCUAUCUAUCUAUCUAUCUAUCUAUCUAUCUAUCUAUCACAAUUCUAAACAGCAUCGUUUUUACCUUCUGUUCAAUCUGUGCUAUCUAUCUAUCUAUCUAUCUAUCUAUCUAUCUAUCUAUCUAUCUAUCUAUCUCAGUUUGUUCAGUAUCUAUCUAUCUAUCUCAGUUUGUUCAGUAUCUAUCUAUCUAUCUAUCUAUCUAUCUAUCUAUCUAUCUAUCUAUCUAUCUAUCCCAGUUUGUUCAGUAUCUAUCUAUCUAUCUAUCUAUCUAUCUAUCUAUCUAUCUAUCUAUCUAUCUAUCUAUCUGUUGUGGAUUUAGUAUCUAUCUAUCUAUCUAUUUUUACAUUGUUAAGAGCGAAGUUUCACCUGCAUUUCAAAGUUUUUGGGAAUACCACAUAACUCGAUUUACAUCUAUCUAUCUAUCUAUCUAUCUAUCUAUCUAUCUAUCUAUCUAUCUAUCUAUCUCAGUUUGUUCAGUAUCUAUCUAUCUAUCUAUCUAUCUAUCUAUCUAUCUAUCUAUCUAUCUAUCUGGGUCUGUUCAUUAUCUAUCUAUCUAUCUAUCUAUCUAUCUAUCUAUCUAUCUAUCUGUUAUGGUCCGGUUCCUUGUACCACGUGUAUUAUCUAUCUAUCUAUCUAUCUAUUUUUACAUUGUUAAGAGCGAAGUUUCACCUGGUGUCAAAUAG